UGGCAACAUUUACUUCUGCGGAGAGAGUUAAAAAAAAAGAAAAAAAGCGUCGUUGAGAGAUUGAGACGAAGACGCGAGCGAGCGAGCGAGAGGCUAAUGGAUCAGUGACUCACUGAGUCAGAUUAUACCGAUUCAUUUGUCUCCAUUGAAGCCUCUUUUCCUUAAGAUUCUACGCUUCUUCACUCUCUUUCUCUCUCUUCCAUAUGCCUCUCCUCCGUUUCUUCAGAUCUUGGUUUCCGUGAAUAAAUUUGCUGUAUUCACCAAACGGUUAUGUAAAGUUUCUUGGAUGAAAGAUGUAUGUAUCUCGUGACAAGUACUGGAGAAAGAAGACAACUUUUCCCAAGUUUUUUAAGGAUUUGUUGUAAAAAAAAAAAGCCGAGAAAAAAAGAAGAUUCUAAUCCUUUCUUUUACCACCUACCUACAAAAGCAUGGCUUUUUACCUGAUGUAGUUGCCAGAGGAUAAUAAAGUUUCUGUUCUUUUUUGUUUCUCUCUCACUUCUGCCUUGUUUGAGAGCUCGUGUUGGGUGGCGGUGUUUUGAGUCUUGGAAGAGAUGGCAAUGGCUGUGUUUAAGGCUCCUCUAAAAGGGGAAUUUAAUGGGGUUAGAAAGAUUGAAGGGAAACAGUAUAAGCAUCAUUUGCUUCAGCAACAGUCUUCAGGGAGAAGACGUGUUUUCGUGCAAACCGAAACUGGCUGUGUUUUGGGAGUUGAGUUAGACCGUAAUGAUAAUGUUCACACUGUGAAGAAGAGGCUUCAGGUUGCCUUUAACUUACCUACUGAGGAAAGCUCUUUGACCUUUGGUGAUAUGGUCUUGAAGAAUGACUUGAGUGCUGUGAGGAAUGAUUCUCCACUGCUCUUAAAGCGUAACUUAAUGCACAGAAGCUCUUCUACUCCGUGUCUUUCACCUACUGGGAAUGAUCUGCAGAGGAAAGAUCUGAGUGGUCCUAUUGAGAUACUUAGUCACUCGUAUUGCUUUCUGUCGUUGAAGCAGACAGCGAAUGAGAUUGUUAUGGCGAUGAAGAUGGGUGUUGAACCAAUCCCUGUCAAUGGUGGUCUCGGAGGGGCUUACUAUUUUAGGAAUGAAAAGGGUCAAAGCGUUGCAAUUGUUAAGCCUACGGAUGAAGAACCAUUUGCGCCUAACAAUCCUAAAGGCUUCACAGGGAAAACACUUGGGCAGCCUGGUUUGAAGCCUUCUGUGCGAGUUGGGGAAACCGGGUAUAGAGAAGUUGCGGCAUACCUUCUUGACUAUGAUCACUUUGCUAAUGUUCCUCCCACGGCUCUUGUGAAGAUUACGCACUCUGUUUUCAAUGUCAAUGAUGGAAUGGACAGGAACAAGUCUCGUGAGAAGAAGAAGUUGGUCAGCAGCAAGAUUGCUUCGUUCCAGAAGUUUGUACCUCAUGAUUUUGAUGCCAGUGAUCACGGGACUUCAAGCUUCCCAGUCUCUUCUGUGCACCGCAUUGGGAUAUUGGACAUACGGAUUCUCAACACAGAUCGGCAUGGUGGAAACUUUUUGGUGAAGAAGCUUGAUGAUGGUGCUGCUGGGAGGUUUGGUCAAGUGGAGCUUUUUCCUAUAGAUCAUGGUCUUUGCUUGCCAGAAACACUAGAAGAUCCUUACUUCGAAUGGAUUCAUUGGCCACAGGCUUCAAUACCUUUCUCUGAAGAAGAACUUGACUACAUACAUAAUCUUGAUCCAGUGAAAGACUGUGAAAUGCUGCGAAGAGAGCUUCCAAUGAUUCGAGAGGCUUGUCUCAGGGUCCUAGUUCUGUGUACCGUUUUCCUUAAAGAAGCUGCUGCUUUUGGACUUUGUCUUGCAGAGAUUGGAGAGAUGAUGACUCGGGAAUUCCGUGCAGGAGAAGAAGAGCCAAGUGAACUAGAAAUGGUGUGUAUCGAAGCAAAGAGUUUGACAGUGAGACAAGAUGUUUUAUCUCCCAAGUCAGAUUUAGAAGCAGACACAGUUUUUGAGUUUGAUCUCGACUGUAAUGACAUGGACAUGGUCUAUAGUGAUGAACUACUCGUCAAAAACCCGUUUUCAAGUGGACAUUCAUCACUUGGAAAGCUCGAGGAGAGCAUCGUUGAAGAAGAGGAAGACGAAGAAGAGGCAAGACUUACUCUAUCUCUCACAAAGCUUUCAACAUCAUUGAAGAACCACUGUCUAAGCAACAACAUGGGAUCUGGAUUCCUUAAACCUCCGAGAGUCAAAACAGAGAAAACACUGGUAAGUCACAAGAGCGCAAACGUGCAGCUCCCAGCGAGCGCAAACUUUGUGAAGUUAGCAGAAAUGAAAGAAGCGGAAUGGGUUAUGUUCUUGGAGAAGUUUCAGGAGUUGCUUGACUCGGCUUUUGCAGAACGUAAGACAAUGACGUUGAGGAAUAGACAGAGGCUUGGUACGUCGUGCAAGUUUUGAGAGAUCAUAUAAGUAAAACUUUUAAGAGUUCACAUAAUAGAAGAUCAAAGAUUUUACUUUUACGAGUAUUUUAAAACAGUGACUUGUUAACUACGUUAAGAUUAGUGAAGAAAUGUUCGUUCGUUUGCUUCUCUGUCAUGCUCUGUAAAUAUUCUUUAGCAUUUUUCUCUGAAAUUUUGUUUCUCGUCA